UGGAACCUGGUUAGCCAACAAUUCAAAUUUAUAGUCAAGAAAUAAUUUUGUCAAUCAUUGUGGCCGCAAACACAACAUUUUUUCACUCUCAUUUUUUAUUUUUAUUUUGUCAAAACAGAACGAAAGUUAUCGUAGCAUUUGCUUUACUAAAUGUCAAAUUCCGCAAUUUUAAAACAUGAAUUUGUUAUUGGAGCCAAUAAGCUCUAGUUGCAAGCUCAGUGGCACGUAGAAUGAAACUUGACACCUGGCAGAGCUGCAGAAACCAGCUAAUUAAGAGCCAAUCUUUCUUGAAACAUGGAAGUAACAACAAGUAUCAGUACCACACAACACAUAACCUUGUCACUCUUCCCACAUAUCUUUCAGACUAGAAAGUCUUGCAGAGACAGAGAGGUAAAAUUUCUAAAGACCCCAUGUUUUGUUUUUCUCCAGCUUUGUCCAUAUGACUCGUAAAGUAUAAUUACUCUCUCACGUUAAAAAUUAAUUUAAGGCUAAAUACAUAGAUGGCCCUCGAACUUGUCACAAAAUUUCAUUUAGACACGUCAACUGAGGAUACGACCGAUUGAACACCUAAUGUUAGUUAAAAGUGUACCUAUUGGAUACUUAAGUGACAAGUUCAAGGGGCUGUCGCUAGUGUAAAAAUAGCUUUCUUAUGAUAAUUUUUAGAAUAUAGCUAAAUUAUAGAUAUUCUAAGGAUAUUUAUUGAUGAUUUUUACUUUUUUAGUGUCAUAUAAAUCAGGUAGUACAUGCUGGGGACUAUCUAGGAGUAUGAAUUUUGUCACUGUGAUAUAAUUUCACUUCUUUGAGUACAGCGCAGUAAAUGGAACAAACACAAAUUACAGAGAAGUGUUCAAAGCUUGUAAGCUAUGAUGCUUACUUUGAGAUGAUCCAGAGGAAAAAGAAAUUGCCACAUAAAUUGCAGGAAUCUUUAACAGCUGCAUUUGCAAAAAUUACAGUUUCAUCCUUCCUUCAAGUCCCUGGAGGCAGAGUGAUCGAAAUAGAUGCGGACACUUUGAUCGGCGAUGCUGUCAGAAUUCUUUCAGAAUCCAAUAUCCCGUCAGCUCCUGUGAGGGAUCCAGCUGUUGAGGAUAGUAAUGAGUGGAGAGAAAGAUACUUGGGAAUACUUGACUACUCUGCUAUUGUUGUUUGGGUGCUGGAGAGUGCAGAGAUAGAAGCAAAAGCCUCAUCAGCCAACUCAGCAGCAUUGGCUGGAACUGGUGUAUGUGUUGCUGGUGCUCAUGGAGCACUGGCAAUGAGUGCAACAUCAAUGGCAGAUCCUGCUGUUGCUGCUGGCCUAACUGUUGCUGCAGUUGGUGCAGCCGUGGCAGGUGGUGUGGCUGCUGAGACAGGUAUAGGAAACGAUGCUCCAACUGCAGCGGAUAAGUUGGGCAUGGAUUUCUACAAAGUUAUACUUGAAGAAGAACCCUUUAAGUCAACAACGGUGAGGUCAAUUGUAGAAUCCUACUGUUGGGCACCUUUUGUGCCAGUAGCUACGGAUAGUUCUAUGUUAACUGUCUUGCUACUGCUGUCAAAAUAUAGGCUGCGGAGUGUACCCGCGAUUGAAACAGGGAAGCCAUUCCUUAAGAACUUGAUAACUCAAUCGGCUGUGAUAAAGGGUCUUGAAGAAUGCAAAGGGAGAGAUUGGUUCAACAGUAUUUGUUCUCAUCCUAUAUCAGAUCUUGGUCUUCCUUACAUGUCCUCUAAUGAGGUUGUUAGCAUACAAAGUGAUGAACUGAUUUUGGAAGCAUUCGAGAAAAUGAGAGAUAACGACAUUGGAGGUCUUCCAGUUGUUCAAGGGCCAGCAAAGAAGAUUGUUGGCGACGUAAGCAUAGGAGAUAUCAGAUUCUUGUUACUCAACCCUGAACUCUUCUCCAAUUUCAGGAAGCUAACUGUAAAGGACUUCAUAAUCACGGUUGGGUCGGAAACGCAUGAACCUAGUAAGGUUGCUACAGCAAUAACAUGCAAACUUGAUUCAACUCUUGGUAAUGUGAUAGAGAUUCUUGCUUCCAAGUCAGUUCACAGGAUAUAUGUGACAACUGAUGAAGAUAAUGAAGUUGUUGGCGUGAUUACACUUAGAGAUGUCAUCUCUUGCUUCAUCUUUGAACCACCACACUUUUUUGACAACUAUUUUGGAUUUUCUGCACAAGAAAUGUUUGGAGGAUGAUUCUGCUUUUGCUGGUGAAUAAGUAUUAGGCGUGUGAGUAGACGCAAAUUUUACCAGUUUAACAUGCACAAGAUUUUCCUUUAUGAGACUACACUGGUUUGGUUUUUCUUAUUGUUUACCUUAAAUGUGUCAAACAAACAAUUCUGAAAAUACCUUUAACUUUUUUAGAACAGGUCUAGAGUCAAAUAGCAAAUAUUGAAAAAAAUUC